CCUGGCCGAGGCCGCGCUAGGGCGCUGGAGCUGCCACUGAGCGGCUGUCAUGGCGUCGGAGGCGCUGGCUGAGGAGAGCCGGCCGCGGUGUCUAUAGGACCAGGGGCGGGCGGCCGGGGAUGGAGAGCGGCCCUGACAACCCGCAGCCUCUGGAACUCGGGGUGGCGGCGGGCCGGGAGUCGCCGCCGGAAGGGCGACGGCACGGCGGGCGCGAGGCUGAGGAUGGUCUCGCAGGACGCGCGGAGGAGAGCGGCGGGCAGGGGGCGGCGGCCGCGCGGAGCAGCCCCGGGGACCCGACGUCCCCCUCCCAGCUCGGCUGCGGCGCGGGCUCCGACUUGAAGGACAGCGCGUCGCCGAGCCCCGCCGCCUCGGAGGCGCCCCCGAGAGGGCAGCACAAGGUGACCGCCUCCCCGGAGCUGGCCGAGGCCGCGGCUGGCCGAGGGUCGGGGCCGGUGGCGGACGCGGGCACCUGCAGGGUGGAGCAGGCGGCCGAGGAGCCCAGCAGCGCCGGCGCCCUGAGCAGCAGCUGCAGCGAGCCGAGCCCCCCUGGGGACUCGCCCAGCCUGGACUCCCUGGAGUCUUUCUCCAACCUGCAUUCUUUCCCCAGUAGCUCUGAGUUCAACAGUGAGGAGGGAGCGGAGACCAGGGUCCCCGAAGACGUGGAGGAGGGCGCGGCGGGGCCGCCCAGGGCUGCACCUCUGUGCAAAGAGGAGGAGGAGGAGGACCCGGCCCAGGUGCUAGCGGCCUCCAAAGAACGCUUUCCCGGACAGUCGGUGUAUCACAUCAAGUGGAUCCAGUGGAAAGAGGAGAACACGCCCAUCAUCACGCAGAAUGAGAAUGGACCCUGCCCUUUGCUGGCCAUCCUCAAUGUUUUGCUUCUGGCCUGGAAGGUGAAACUUCCACCAAUGAUGGAAAUCAUAACUGCGGAGCAGCUGAUGGAAUAUUUAGGGGAUUACAUGCUUGAGGCAAAGCCAAAAGAAAUUUCAGAAAUUCAACGUGUAAAUUAUGAACAGAAUAUGAGUGAUGCUAUGGCGAUCUUGCACAAACUACAGACAGGCCUGGAUGUGAAUGUCAGGUUCACUGGGGUGCGAGUGUUCGAGUACACACCAGAGUGCAUAGUCUUCGAUCUUCUAGAUAUUCCUUUGUAUCAUGGGUGGUUAGUGGACCCUCAGAUUGAUGACAUUGUAAAAGCUGUUGGCAACUGCAGCUACAACCAACUGGUGGAGAAGAUCAUCUCCUGUAAGCAGUCAGACAACAGCCAGUUGGUUAGUGAAGGCUUUGUAGCUGAGCAGUUUCUAAACAAUACAGCCACUCAACUGACGUACCAUGGAUUAUGUGAACUGACUUCAACGGUUCAGGAAGGAGAACUCUGUGUGUUCUUUCGGAAUAAUCAUUUUAGCACCAUGACAAAACACAAGGGUCAACUGUAUUUGUUGGUAACAGACCAGGGAUUUCUUACCGAAGAAAAAGUUGUCUGGGAAAGCCUACACAAUGUAGAUGGUGAUGGAAAUUUCUGUGACUCAGAAUUCCAUCUGCGACCUCCUUCAGAUCCUGAGACUGUGUACAAAGGUCAACAAGACCAAAUAGAUCAGGACUACCUUAUGGCACUGUCACUGCAACAAGAACAGCAGAGCCAAGAUAUCAACUGGGAGCAAAUUCCAGAAGGAAUCAGUGACCUGGAGUUGGCGAAGAAACUCCAGGAGGAGGAGGACAGACGGGCCUCUCAGUACUACCAGGAGCAGGAGCAGGCACAGGUGGCCGUGGCUGCUGCCACCACCUCCACACAGGUCCAGGAUCUCCUGAAACCAAGUACAGAACUCACCAUUCACGAGACUGGGGCAGUGGCUCAGCAGCAGGGCCAGCCAGCACAAGCCUCUCCAUCAAGUGUAAAACAGCCUGGAAAUAGUGAACGGAAACGCAAGGAACCCCGGGAAAAAGACAAAGAGAAAGAAAAGGAAAAAAACAGCUGUGUGAUUUUGUAGGAAGUGUUGGCAUCUGGAAACCACCUAUGCAGAUGACGGAGAGGAAGACCCAGUACCUACCGUCUGUGCCUGAUCUCCCAAGGGAUUUUGCUCUUGUUUUCCAGGGGAAGGUUGUUACUUUGUUACAAUCAACUUUUUAAGUUACACAAUACACUCUUUAUGAGCUGGA